AUGGCUUUUCGAGGCAAAAUUGACAACAUGGCUCCUGUACUUUCUUCCAAAGGAGAAAAAAAAAAAGAACAGUUCAAUAACAUGAUGGCGAAAAGAUUCGGUUCAAAUGGCAGAGAUGUGGCGGCUGAGCUGCGCACUAUUGCGGACGCCUUAGAAGAGACUCUCGAGUUCCAGCGUUUAAUGGGCAAAAGAUUGAGAACAGAAGAUCCGGAGGAUCGACUCCUUUCGCAACUAGCGGAUCUAAAUUCCAAGGACGAUAAGGUAAAUGGCGCGCUUGACGACCACACACCCCGGCUACCAACGCCAUCUCAAGAGAGGUCUAUGUCUAGAGAUUCCCUACGUCGUACCAAUCGGUCGGUAAACCUCAACGGAACGCAUGAUGGGCAAUCAGAUCCUAGAUCAUAUGGAAGAAGUGCUGCGGAACGGCUACCACUAAAUAGACACUUCUCUGAAAACGAUGUUCCUCAAGAAAUUGUGCGCCCAAGCUCCACGCAACCAGGUCGCUCAAUGACGCCGCAACCCGCUAGGGCAGCAACCUUUCCCUUUAUUAGAUCAAUGACGCCACAACCAGCCCCCACGAGGAUCCAUUUCCCCUAUCGUUCAGAAGUUCGGCAACAUAGCCAGCCACCGUAUGCUCGUUCUUCUGGCUAUACAUCUAUCAUCGCUCGUGGUGUUCCAGAUCGACAUCGCAGUCGACCGCCACCCUCUCAGCGUUUAUACGAAGUACCUGAUCCCCCGCAAUCAUACGGUUUCGAUGUACCUCCGCAAGUCGACCCGAAUCCAUAUUACCGACCCCAAAUCACAUCCCCUGCUGAACGUGCUUCCCGAAGGGAUCGUUUUCCCCGAAUGUCCGAAGAACGUAGGGGGAGAAGAAUGGAGUCUACUGUAAGACCAAAAGAUCACGAGACAAUAUAUCAGGUUGAUUCGAAUAUCAUUGAGCGAGAGUAUGAUCCCGAGAAAGACGAAGAUGCUGAAUCUAUCGGAUCCUUGGAUCAUGUCCAGUCGUUCGCAUCACCUCAAACAAUCAAACCUCAAAACAGAGUAACUUGGAAUGGAUCAUUCAGAUGA